UUUUUCCGUUAACUUGUCGUGUCUCCAGCAGUCUGUAGAGUCCGGACUCCGUUGCUGGACGUGUUUGAUUCGGAUCAUGGACCUGGUUUUUCAGUCAGUCUGUCGCGGUCUUCUUCUGCACCUCCACCAUCUGCUCUAACCCUCCAGCUCCCCCCGCCGAGCUCCAACAUGCUUCUGCCGGGAAACGACACCUGCGGCUGGGCUGAACUCCCAGUGUCCAACUGGUCUGAGGCGGCGGGUGCCGGCGCGGCUGAGGGCGGCGGGUCCGGGUCGGAGGCGGUGAUCGUGCCGGUGGUUUUCGGGCUGAUCUUCGUGGUGGGGGUGGUGGGGAACUCUCUGGUGAUGGUGGUGAUCGGGAAGGUGUGGUACAGCGGCGGAGGGGGAGUUGGUGAAGGCGGUGGGGGAAGAGGUGCGAGGCGCGCCGGCAGCCCGACCAACAUCUUCAUCAUGAACCUGAGCGUGGCGGACCUCAGUUUCCUCGUCUUCUGCGUCCCCUUCCACGCCACUAUCUACUCUCUGCCGGAGUGGGUGUUCGGGGCCUUCCUCUGUAAGUUCGGACACUACUUUUCCAACGUCAGCAUGCUGGUGAGCAUCUUCACGCUGGUGGCCAUGUCCGUGGACCGCUACAUCGCCGUGGUGCUCUCCUGGAAGUCUCCGUGCGUCCGGAGCCGCAGGAACGCGCUGGCCGGGGUGUGCGUCAUCUGGACGCUGUCUCUGGUGUGCUCGGUGCCGGUGGCCCAGCACCAUGUCCUCACCAACCACCACACCGCCCUCAACAGCACCUUCUGCUGGGAGAAGUGGUCCGGAGUCUCCAAACACACCUACAAGGUGACCAUCCUGCUGAUCGGAUACCUGCUGCCGCUGCUGCUCAUCAGCUGCUGCUACGCCAAGGUUUUAUUUCAUCUUCAUAAAAAGAUGAAGAACAUGUCCAAGAAGUCUGAGCGCUCCAAAAGAAAGACGGCUCAGAUGGUCCUCAUGGUUGUCACCGCCUUCACCAUCUGCUGGAUGCCGCACCACAUCAUCGCCAUGUGGGUGGAGUUUGGUACCUUUCCCCUGAAUGACGCCUCCUUCGCCUUUCGCAUCGUCUCCCAUUGCCUGUCCUACGGAAACUCCUGCGUCAACCCCGUCCUCUACGCCUUCCUGUCCGAGAACUUCUGCAAGGCCUGCCGCAAGGUCUUCACUUGCCGCUUCCUGUACCCGCCGCCAGAGGCCAAGGUGGUUCGUUUCCGCAUGGAGAACUUCUCCACCACACACUCCACCACCAACAUAUGAAGGAGAGGGGGGCCUGAUGGGUUAAAUAACAACAACACAGCGAUAUCCUCCAGUGGAAACAAGAGGGAGCACUGUGUCUGAACAGAUUAGAGGCUGAUGGAGGAGUUUUUACAGCAGGAUGUGGGUCACAUGACAACAGGACAGCAUAUGGUGGCCUGCUGACUGUAUCUGCGGACAUCGUGCACUGGUCUAGUUGUAGAAGAACAGAAAACUUUUUCACAUUUUUCAUUAAUUUAAGUGUGUUGUUUAUUUUCUGUAAAUUGAUGGUCUAAAAAUUGUUUCAAAGCCGUCCUGAUAGACCAACCAAAAGGGUCUAUAAAGGGUUACACAUCAGUUUGAGUACAUUUACACAUUUAAUAACAAGCAUACAGAGGACCAAACCUGAAUGAUAACAAAUAAAUAAAUCAAUGACCAAAUUAAAUUAUGUAUAUAAUAUAUAGUAAAUGGUUGUUGGUAUGAAAAAGUAUAAUACACACAGUUUAUUUAAAUAAACAUAUUAAUAAUUUUGUCACCUCAGGAUUUAUUUUAUAUGGAAGUGAAAGUGGCUUCAUUUAUUUUAUUAUACAUCGUUUUAAUUAAUUUAUAUUUAAUACUGAAGAUUUCUCAGAUUAUUUAAUGAUGUUAUUCAGUCGUUCUUUGACUAUUUCAGGGAUGAAAACACUUACAGAUUAACAGGAACACUGAUAAACUGAUCAAUAACUUUUCUAACUUUCUAAUCCCUUUUCUUUAAAAAACAAAAUCCAUAAAAAAAUAAUGGGAACACUCAGUCUGUUGGUUUGCUUCAGACAGUUUGAUUUGUUUCUAUGAUGUUCUAUGAUGAUAUUUCUCCCGCAGCAUAAACAAAUAUAUAAUCGAUAAAAUGUUUCAUUUCAAUCGAUAUCCAUAAUUAUCGCUAAUUUUUAAUUACAUCUCAGCAGCCAGCAAGGUGCAAUGUGUAAGAAUUUAAGAGAUUUAAAACAUUCAAAAAUUUACUAAAAUGAUCAACAGAAUGUGAAGUAGGGCUGGGUAUCGUUUAAAAAAUUACAAUACCAGUACUAAUGCCAGUACCCUUAAAGUGAUACCGAUACCAAUAGAGACUUCAUUCAAUACCCAUCAUGUUAAUGAAAGCAUUCAGUUGCGUAAAAUGCCAUGACUCCUCCCCAUCCAAAUGAUUUUUACAGAAAUGCAUUUUGAAAGUGUUAGUUUGUGCGCAGGAGAUAAGUGUAGAGAGUCAGCACAACAGACCAUCAUGUGUAUCAUAGUGUUGAGUAGUUAGAACAGCUUGAGUCAAGCAUAGAGGUUGUAUUAGGCUAUGUGUUGCUCUGGUUGUGUGUUUUUUUACAAACCAACCGCAAAAACACAAAGCCAACGGUGCUGCUGAUAUAGUGGAUUGUGAGCUGAAGUUUCCCCAGUAAACACACCGAUCUCUUCGGCUGUCGCAGUCCCUCCUGCCCGGCCUGCCUGCUGCUCCUCUCAUGGUCACUUCUCCGGAGCCGCUUCACUGCCAGAGUGUUUCUGGGUGUUAGUGGGCCAAACACACGUCGCAUUAAAUCGAAGAACACAUUUGGCUGAGAGCAAAACCGUAUAAAUAGUCAUUUUUUUCUAGAUCUGGGUUUCAAAAAUGAUCGAAUGCAGGUAUCGUUUGACUGGAGACGUUUCGAUACUACUUGGGUUAUUUCAGUCGAUACCUUAAAGGUAUCGAGUACCGAUACCCAGCUCUAAUGUGAAGAAAUAACAGUUUUGAUGUUAUGUCAAAGAUGUCUAUGUAUUGUGUUGCAGAGACAUCUACUGAAGUUACCGAACUAAGACCAGCUUAAUUGCCUUGUUAACUCAUCAUAAAACACACUUCGUUCAAACUCGACAGAAACAAAAUAUAACUCACCAAAACCGUCUUUGUUAAUCUACAAACUGUUCAAUAAUCACCAACUCUUAUUUGGUCGAAAUAAAUCCUUAAUCCACGUGUUAGAUGUGAAAAAUAUUCUGGCUCUACAUACUGUCUCUGCCUCUCUGAUGCCCGACCUCCCUCUCGCUCCGCUCUCGCUUGAUCCCUCUCCUGUCCCCGCCGUCCCCAUAAUUCUGGUUGGAGCCACUGUAAAUCACCUCUGUACUGUAUUCGCUGUCGUCAAACUGGUCGGUCCCAGUCUGGCCGUGUUCACUGGGAGGCUGCUGAGCCUGGUACCUUUGCCUGCUCGCCCACCAGCAUUUCCUGUCUGUCCCCCCGGCCCUGGGCCAGAAAACUUUCUCUUCCUGGCAGUCCAAAACUCCUGUGCUUGGACCAUUAAAUUAGCUGCAUAGCUAAUUUGCUGUUUUUUGCGUGUCACUCACUUCUAGCAGCUCUAUAAACAAGGGGUAUGAUAGGCUGUUUAUGUGCCAGGGAGUAUUCAUUAUGUGCUUUCAUGGCAGUUUGCAUUUAAUGUACUUAAGUGAAACUAUAGAACAAUUUUCUUAUUUCUAUUGAUGAAAUGUCUAUCGCCGGUACAUAUCGCUAUCCUUUUAUUGCCCUGGCCUAGUUCAGAUUAUAUACAGUUUUUAUCAAUAAUUCUGUAACUUGUUUUAAGGAAAUUUCUUUAGUUCUUUUAGUUUAGUAGUCACUCAGUGAUGUGUUUGGACCUCUGAAAACUACAUGAUGUCUUUGAAUAUUUAUCUGUUGAAUACAUUGAUUGUUUAAUUCAGUAGUUAUCUAUAACUGUGUCGCAGUGAAUGAAAAAACUCAAACUUCUCAGUUCUGAUGAAUGAAUUGUCUGUUCACUCAGGUUGUCCACAAUCAAGACUCAGUAUUUUGUUCAUGUUAGAGAUUAAAUAAACUUUAUGAGAACACAAAACAUUUUCAUUUAUUUUCAAACCAUAAACUGACAGAAAUGAGCACUCUAAACAUGUAUUUAUACAUUAAUUAAUCCACAUUAUCAACUGAUCUAUUUAGACUGUGAUCUACAUUUGAAUCUGUGUAUGAUAUUUUU